UUCAUAUAAAUAGAGUUUCUAAAAACCUGAAUUAUUCAGUUGCAGUUUAAAAUCAGAACAAGUUAAAAGAUGAGAUCUUCAAAACUUUUUACAACUUUUCUAUCCAUUUUCUGCAUUUUAAUUGCAGAAUUUGGGUCUGUCCAGUCAUGUUCAAUUGAUAUGGAAGAAAUAAGAAACAAUGAACCAAUCUUUUUAAAAUUAAAUCGCGAUUUUGUAAUUCCAAAUGGAAAAAUUAUAUCAUUAAAAAAUGGGGAAAGAAUUCUGAUUGAUUGUGGUCAAGGUCGAACAUUAAAAAAUUCAAAUUUUAACAAUAAGCAGCAAAUUGAAGCAGUCUGUAAUGGUGGAACAGUGACUUAUGGAGGACAAUCUUUUGAACAACAGCCAAAUUUAAAUUGUACGGAUAACAAUUCAAUUGUUCGAAUUGAACGAACAUUAGAAUUAUGUGGAGGAGAUGGACGAAUCUUUAGAAUUGGAUUUCAUGUUAUGAAUAAUGUUGGAACGCAAAUGUUGGCACCAGUUCUUGAAGUAUGUUUUGAUGAAGGGAAAAAAUCAAUAUUUUAUGUAAAAAGUCAUAUUUACGGGACGGUAAAUAGAAAUGAGGCUGAUGAUUAUGUAGAUCCAAAUAUUAAUAAUGGACACUUUACAACUGGAGAAAGUGUCAAACCUGAAUUUUUUGGAGUUACAAAUCUUCAAGGUUCAUAUAAAGGUUUCGAUCGUGGCCAUUAUGCACCAAAUUCAGAUUAUCAGUUUGCUCCACAUCGUAGAUCAACAUUCUUCUACUUUAAUAUGGGACCUAUGGCUGCAAGUUUUAAUAGAGGAAAGUGGAAAACAAUAGAAAAUUUAGCACGUAGAAAUGCCAGGGGAGUAACUGCUGAUAUUUUAACUGGUGGAUUUUAUUAUGAUCCAUCAUCAAAAAGCUCGAAAAAUCCAUCAUUACAAUCAAAAGAUGGAAAACUCGAUUUGUUAAAUAAUAAUAAUGAUUUGGUAAAUGAUCAACGCAGAACAUUUGAUGGUGCUGGAACUAGAGAGUUGGAAUCAAUUGUAAUUCCCAAUUUUUUUUGGAAAAUUGUCAAAAUUGGUUUAAAUAAAAUUGCAUACGUAAUGCCAACUGUAGACAAUUUGGAGCUUCCAGCAGAAUGUAUGCAAUAUUGUACUGUAAACAAUCAGAGGCACAGAUAUUAUGAAUGCAAUGUUGCUGGAUUUAAGAGCUGUACUAAUAUAAUUAAAGGAAAUUUUGUAUGGCCAGCUGAUUUUUAAACAACUCAAUUACUUAAUAAAUCUUUAUUUUAAUGAUUGUAGUUAGAAUAAAAGAAAAUAAAAAUACAACUCGAG